AUGCUAUCUUCUCUUUUAUUCUCGUUGGCAGUGGCCUCUUCAAUCAAGCCCCCCUUUACCUCCGGUCUCGAGUCUGCCGACUUCAAUGUCACACAAGCCCUGAUCGAACAGGGGGUCAACGUGUCUGCAAUCCCCGCACUAGGUACUCUCACAGACCAGAGCUCUGUGUUUGCCUGCAAUAUUGCCUGCCAAUCUCUUCAAGCCGUCUAUGGCUAUGAUGCUGUGGAAUUGAAGGACGAGGCCAACUACGCCAACUUCACCGGGUCCUUCUGGUCAAAGCUGCAGGCAGAAGUCCACCCUCAUUGUAUCUUCUACCCCUCGUCAGCAUCUGCCGUCUCGGUCCUCGUUCUUAUUUCAAGACUGACGCAGUGCCCAUUUGCCGUCAAGAGCGGUGGGCAUGCCGCCUUCGCCGGAGCCAGCAGCAUUGAGGGCGGCGUCACCGUCUCGUUGAAGAAGCUCGACAGCAUUGCCUUAUCAGCCGAUCGUAAAACUGUGUUCAUACAGCCUGGGAACACUUGGGGUCAUAUAUACGGUGAAUUGGCCAAUUACGACCUGUCAGUCAUAGGAGGGCGGGUUGCGCCAAUAGGCAUCGGUGGCUUGACCACUGGAGGAGGCAUAUCCUUUUUCUCUAACAUCUACGGAUUUGCAUGCGACAAUGUCGCCAGUUACGAAGUCGUGACAUCGACGGGAGAAGUAAUCACUGCAAGCCCAAGACAGCACCCAGACCUAUAUUGGGCACUUCGAGGUGGGGGAAAUAACUUCGGAGUCGUGGUGAACUUCGAACUGGAGACAAUCUCUUUGCCCAAAGGUCAAAUGUGGGGAGCUUCAAGAGUCUACAUGGAAGAACAAUUCCCAAAACUCAUCGAUGCGUUUGCGGGCCUCAUCGACGACUCACCCACCGACCCCAAUGCUGGGACCUGGGUGGCCUGGAUCUUGAACUCGGGGGCCAAGCUCGCGUCCGCCGAGCUCUGGUACGCCCAGCCCAACGGGCACUCUUCGAUUUUCGAAAAUUUUAACCGCAUUCCCGCGGUAUCCGACAGUUCUGGGAACAGAAGUCUCGCGAAUUAUACAGCACAAGUCGCGGAGAGGAACCCGUACGGCUAUCGCGAGUGUUACUAUGCCACGUCCAUCAGGGCAUCUCGCGCCGUGGCUCAAGCUGCCACUGAUAUUUUCUUUGAAGAAGUCGUCGCGGUGUCAGAUGUGCCCGGUGCCAACCCUGUAAUGGUAUGGAAGGGAAUUACGGAAGGGUUGCUCAAUGCCACGAAGAAACACGGGGGCAACCCGCUGGGUCUCUCAGCAGAGGACGGGCCCUUCUACCUCAUCCAGCUGUCAUGUUGGUGGGAGAAUGAAGAAGACGACCCAAGAAUGUACCGGAUGAUCUCCACAGUGCUCAAGAGGAUCAAGGCUGCAGCUGUGUCAGAGGGCGUCCAGAAUGACUGGGUCUAUAUGAAUUACGCAAGUCAAUUCCAAGAUGUCAUCAGCAGCUACGGGGCCGAAAACAAAGCCGCACUGAAAAGUGUUGCAGCCAAAUAUGAUCCAACGGGGGUGUUUCAAAGGCUUCAACCUGGAUACUUCAAGCUUGAUCGGGCGCCUGUGCCGGAUUCGGGUUAUUUUUCCUUCUAA